GAUUGUGACUCGAUCUUGAUUCCUGAGAUGCAAUUGAUAUCUUUUCGCUGCCUCGCAACGAAAUCACUGGCUGCAGAGAUGCGAUUGGAAGCGGGACCUCAGGCUCAAGCCAGAGUACACAGUCGAGGAAGGAACGCGUUGCAAUGGGGCAUGAGCACCCGCACUUUGUAAUCACAAUGCGCUCUCAGUCCGAAAUCUUUGACGCGUACUCAAACGGGUACAUUGCGCGCAAUGUACGGAGCCGAUGGAUUGCGAGAGGCCUCGGGCUCUACUUGUGCUAGUAUGCUCGCGUGCAACAAAGGUGUGAUCGGCUGUGCCGCCGUUGUUGGCUGAUGUUGACCGUCAUACUCUUGAUCUUGCCCUCCACAAUAAAAUGUUGCCUUUAUCGCUUCUGAAUGCUGCCCAGAACAAACCCAUGUUAGUUGAGCUCAAGAACGGCGAGACCUUCAACGGCCAUCUCGUCAACUGCGACAAUUUCAUGAACAUCACGUUACGCGAAGUAUACCAAACGAACACCGAGGGCGAUCGUUUUUGGAAGCUGAAAGAGUGCUACAUCCGUGGGAGCACAAUAAAAUAUCUCCGGGUGCCCGAUACGCUGCUUGACGCGGUCAAGGAUGAACAGCAUCGUGCUAGGGAUGCGGGGCGAGGUGCCAGGGGGUCUUUUGUGGGUGGCGGCAAUCGGGGACGGGGCGCACCAGCACGAGGAGGUCGCGGCGGACGCGGCGGGCCCAUGCGUGGCGGGAGAGGACGCGGUCGAGGGAUGUGAUCUCGAGCUGGGUGAGCAUGUAUCACUAUGUAUUGUGUUUCUCUCUGCAAUCACACGUUUUUGCCGAAACCCUUGUCCAAACUCAUCUCUUCUCUGAACUUACCGUGCUGCCCGACCAUUGUAGCCCACGAUGCGCAUCGAUCCCCGCUAGUGAAACGUAGCGAAUCUGCUGGACACUGAGUCUGGGCAUGAGGGCCUAGUUCCGUGGCCUGUGAUAUCAUCGAGCGGCGUUUUCAUUCGCUUACAAGAUCACAUCUCCCUCCAGGGACUCCCUUCGUAUGACCGGAGGCCCGUUCUCCUUAUUCUUGACGAAGGGGAAGCUGAUGGGUUUCGAUGCCGUCCACAUCAGUUUUCGAACUCUGCGUGUACUCGAGAUUGCUCUGAAGUCUGGUAGAGUCCGACUCAAUCAGGACCAAACAGCCGUUCUAUAUUGCGAUUUCUGUUGAGCUCUUGAACUACUUACCUGAUGUGAAAUUUCGGGGAUAUCAAGUCACACAUGCUGUGUUGGCGAAUGUGCAUACCGGACUGGUGGCAAUCCCAGCGAGGUCGUAACCAUGCGUGGAAUCACGUGAUGGCGCGCCGAUUGACAGCCUGAUGAUCGAUUGCUUUCCGAAUCUUUGCGUUCAACUUCCAUGUUCUACAUCAUUGGCUUGGGUCUCUGCGAUGAACGGGACAUUACUGUUCGGGGUCUGGAGGCUGUGAAAGGCUCAACGCGUGUAUACUUGGAAGCCUAUACCAGUAUCUUGAUGGUUCAGAAAGAACGGCUGGAAUCUUUCUAUGAGAAGACACUCAUCUUGGCGGAUCGGGACAUGGUUGAAACCCGAAGCGACGAGAUCUUGGACGGCGCAAAAGACGUUGAUGUUGCACUGCUUGUGGUCGGAGAUCCCCUGGGGGCCACCACCCACACCGAUAUAAUUCUGCGCGCACGAUCACUCGGGAUCCCAACACGCGUGAUCCACAACGCGUCGAUCAUGAAUGCGAUUGGCGCUUCUGGUCUGCAGCUCUACCAGUUCGGGCAGACCGUGUCACUCGUAUUUUUCACGGAAACGUGGAAACCGGACAGUUUCUACGAUCGCAUCGAGGAAAAUGCCAAGUUGGGUCUCCAUACUCUCGUUUUGUUGGACAUCAAAGUCAAAGAGCAGAGCGAUUAUAAUCUAGCGCGUGGACGCAAAAUCUACGAGCCUCCUCGAUAUAUGUCGAUCCCGCUGGCUGUGAAGCAACUGCUUGAAAUCGAAGAAAAGCGCCAAACGGGAAUCUUGGACGGGACCUCCACUCUUGCGGUUGCACUUUCGCGUGUUGGCGGUGGGACCGAAGAGCGGAUCAUAGCGGGAACUCUGCAGGAAUUAUCAGAGCAGCCUGAGGAAGCAUUCGGAGAACCUCUGCACAGCUUGGUGAUUGUUGGAAAACGGCUGCAUCACCUCGAAGUUGAAUAUGCGCAAGACUUUGCCGUUGAUCGUCAUAAUUGGCGGCACGUCGCAAGUACUGUGUACGGAUGUGCAUUGGACCAAUAAUCAAAAUUGAUGUUAUUCCGCUGGAGCUUGAACCGCACAGAUAAUCGAAUUAUACCAAACUGUAUUCGCCCUCGAGAGCAAUGACCUUUUCCACUGCUUUCUUGUAGCUCGGGCUCGCCUCGAGGGCAUCCGCAUACGCAAACAACUUGGGAUGUGUUGCUCUUGUGAUAUCCAUUCCGAUGAGCUCGGUCGCUCGAGUGGCAACCAAGAUUGGGAAACUCAUCAUGAUGUCUGCUCCGGUAAGCUUGUCUCCGCAGAGAAAGGGUCCGCCAUUUGGUGCGGUAGCCAGCUGUUCCUCGAGGAACGCGACAAUCAUAUCGUAGUUGGGGCUGACGUAGCCUUUCAUGAUCUUGGCUGAGAUUUGCGAGGUGAUUGGCUUGAUGAAGAACGGAACCGGCGCUUUUUUGAUGUCUUGCGAAAAUAGGAACAUCAGACACGAACAUCAAUCAUGCCGUAAGAAUACCAACCGUUGCUGACGAGCGAGACGAGGAUGAACGGCAUCAGAGAGCCUUCCGCGUAGUGCAUGAAAUAUCGGUAGCGCUUGUAUUCCUCCGUCUCCCCGUUCAGCUUCCCCUCGAGUCCAGGCUUCCACUUCGGGGGAAUGAUGGUCGACGAGGACUGGAAGUGCUCGCCGAGAUAUUCGACAAUCACAGCGGACUCAGCGAUCGUGUAAUCCCCAAUAGUUAGGACCGGGGCUUUCCCAAGGGGUGGAUGGCCUGGAGCGCAGGGUCGGCGAACAUCGUUUUCGGGUCACGUUUGUAGGUCUUGAUGUCAUAGGCCACGUUGAGUUCCUCAAGGAGCCACAGUAUCCGCUGGGCACGCGACUUUUCUAGCCAAUGGAGAGUGAUCUGAGGGGCGUCGGUUUCAGAACUCAUUCGGGUGAAAGGUGCGGGUUGUGCUCUUGAGCAGGAAAGAAAGGCCGCGAGUUGGAUGCUAGGGGGGCAACAGUUGGUUCAAGCACUGAUCUACUAGCACUUCCCUUUUAUAGUGCACGGGCGAUCGGGUCGGACCGCACAGGGAUCAGUGCUGCGGUGCCCAUUGCCCGCAAUUCCUUGGGUGUGCCUGGGCGCCCGACUCGAUUCUAGCGUCGUCCGCCCGAUCAUUAUCAUAUCAUCCAUCAGCUUGUAUAACCGCACACCGCACACCAAAACAAUGCACUUGCGAAAGGAUAUCAAGUUCGGCCCAGGUCGAGUGGCCCUUCUCUAACCUCUAGGCGCGCAAGCCUCAGCCUUCUGAAUAGUUACCGUGAGAUUCCCCCGCUCCUGAUCUCAUAUAACUUCCUCCGACUCUUUCCUACUGCGUGAGCGGAGGCUGGUCUGUGCGGCAACGCUUUGCAGAACCUGCUUCACCUAUAUAUCUUAUCGAUAAGCUUCAUCUCGGCCGCGGCUGCUCCUCGCCCGUUUACGUACAUGGUCACCACUCUACUUCUUAGCCUCGCCAUGAUGCACGCCUCUAUUCUUAAUUCCUUUACUCACACCACUGCCUUCACCUAUGGCUCUUUCGUUCCUCUUCCCCAAGCAACCUUUACAACCACCGACAAUCGAAGCGGACGGCGCGUACGUCUUUUUCGGCGGCGCCUUCAAGACAUGGGCCGUUGGUACUUCAGAUGACGGGGGAAGCUUUACCUCCCGACAAAUAUUUCAGAAGGGCAACCCUCACACUGGCGCCGGACGGCAAUCCACAGCUACUCCACCUUAUCAUUGGCACUUGUACCAAACAGAGACGUUUGCGGUGAACAGCGGAGUUCUGUGCUACAUCCUGGAUGGAACGGAAGGGAAGCUCAAGGCUGGAGAAACCACAGUCAUCACACCCGGUCGCUGGCACACGUUCUGGUCGGAUCCUGAAUCGGGCGAGGACCUCGAUGUGAAUAUCACCGUGCGGGGAGGACCCAAUCCUGGGUUCGACGAGACCUUCGUACGCAAUUUCUAUGGAUAUCUCUCAUCGUGCACUAUGCAAGGCCUGGCACCGAAUCCCAUCCAAAUGCUCACAUUCAUGUACUCAGCUGAUGUCGUGCUCGAAAUGCCACUCAACAUAGGACGGAUGGCCAACUAUAUUCUGGGCAACAUAGUUGGAUGGCUGGGAGGCUACAAGAGCGAGUAUCCUGAGUUCGGGGAGAAGAGCAAGUAGCUACCAUCUGCGUUCCUGUAAUGGGAUCAUCGCAAUCUUAUCUUAUCUGACGGUAUUCAUCGCGACUCAACAUUACCACACAUGUCCCACCUGAACUGAUCCUUAACCUCCAUGAAAGUUCGGAGACUCUCCUCGUCCGCAUUCCGAAGAAGCACUCACUAUGAUACGCUGAGUGUCCCCCAAAAUGCUUCUCAGCAGCAGAUAAAGACCGCCUUCUUCGCACUUAGUAAAACACACCAUCCGGACAUCCCAGAUCACAAACUGCAGCCUGAAUUCCAUGAGAUUUCGGAGGCGUACAAUGUCUUGAGGGACCCCAUUUCACGGCGUGCCUACGACAAUACUCUCCCGUCGCUGCCCCGUCCUGCCACUCCUUCGACACACUCGCGUUACAUGGCCGAUGCGGCGGUGCGGUACCGCCGGUCUGCGCGAAACUUCCAUCCAGACCCCUCCUCCGCGUCCCAUUCUCAUCCACGCCGCGCACGUCCAACGGACGAGCCGAUGUUUGCACGCCGACCGAGCCACGUUCCCCUCGCCGGGGCGCUGGACCGACACAGUCGGCAUCCGGGGCAGCGAUACAAGCCUCCCGAUCUCCAGAAGCAAGCGGCCGCUUGGGCGUUCCAGAAGGCUGAGCUGAGGGAGCAGAAGGUCCGGGCUCCGCGGUAUAUUGCGACCUGGAUGACUGCUAUCGGUGUGUUUGCCGUUGCGAGUCUUUGGCUGAGGUGAGAAUAGUGACUAUAGAGGUCAGAUGUAUAUAAAUAGCAAAUGUCGCUUGAAUUAGCGUAGUGAAUGGUCGUCGUGAAAGCGUCCGAGUACACAUUCACAUUCGUGGAUCACUCGUAAAGAUAUCAUUCAGUUUGGUUCUCGCGGAGAACCACCUGCCGGUACAUGAACUUGCAUGUACGUAAGCAAAUCGUCAGCUUGCUCUGAUCAGCGUUCAUCCUUCCAUGCCUCCACGCAAAAAAACGAAGCUCUCCUCAGUCUCUUCCGGAUCGGCAACAAUAUCGCAUGAACAUCAUAUUCCCAGCCGCGUUCCGGAGGGAUUUCCCGAAUUUGAGAAGCUUUCACGCGCCUUGGUGCAAUAUGAACAUGCAGUGAUGCUGAGGUCUCGAGAGCACAGCAAGGCGCCGAAUGAGCUGGUAGAGCUGGAUACUUGGAUGAACGGUGAUUUUCUGGGCCGCAUCUCAUUGCCGGCUCGUGAGCCUGUCACUAAGGCUGAUAUGACUUCCUUGAUGAAAUGGAAGUUGUCGCGCGGCAAAUCGAGACCCACUCUCUUAGCUCUCAUUGGAUCGAACCCGGAGACUUUGAUUCAUGAAUCGACCGGCGCAGCGCUCGAUCGCGUGCGGGAAGCUGGAGAUGAUCUGGACGUCGCGCUACUUGCCAUCGCAGAAGCAUGUAAACUGAAAGGGGUCGGAGCAGCGACAGCUUCUGCGCUACUCACACUGCACCCUCCCCAUCUUCUACCGUUCAUGAGCGAUGAGGCGGCUGGCUUCUUCUCCUCGACGCUCGGUCCCAUCAAGUACACCGAUACGUUUUACAAGAAAUACGCGGCCACAAUGGUCGCUUGUGUCAAGCAACUCAAUGAGAGUGAUGUGGGCUCGUCGAUGCUCUGGGACUGCAUGAAACUCGAACACGCGCUGUUCGCGAUCAGUAUCUUGUCGAAGCAUGGAGAACAUGAUCUUCUUGAGGAUCCUGUCGAAGCAGGUGGUCGGAAAAAGCGGAAGAGAGACUCGCAGGCUCAGUGAUCACCCCACGCACUACCUCAUUCGUCUGUCCCCUAUCUCAUCCUAACCGCUACCUCCAUUCUGGGCUCGCAGCAAUAAAAUCUGAAAUGUCUCAGUGCUCGUGUCUAACACUAUCCCUCUCUCCUUCCUACUAUGCCGCUCACACCAGGCGUCCGCUUCCUGGCUCUGAAAUUAUUCGCACCUUGCGUGUUCGUACUUGCGAUCCUCACUCUCACUACUAAUCCGACAAUCUCGCACUCGUAUCCCCUCCUUUGGGCCGCCCCUUUCGCGGCCAUGGGCACUAUCCUGGCUCACUUAACGUAUGGGCGAGCAGGACGUUCGCGCGCGGUACGCAAGGCGGGUGCUCGCCAGAUCCCGCGCGCUCCCAGUCGCUGGCUCGGCGGCCUCGAUCUGCUGCGCAAGAUCCUUCAUUCCUAUGAACAGGGCUUUCUUGGCGAAGCCUUUUCUGACCUCGUUGACUCGAUGGGUCCUGUCUUCAAUAUCCGUCUGCUCUGGCAGGACAAGAUCUUCACCGUUUAUCCCGAGCAUCUCCAGAUCAUACUAGCCACGGACUUCAAGAACUACAUCAAAGGCACCGACUUUUGCUUUGGAAUGAACUCAGUCCUUGGGAAUGGUGUCUUCAAUUCUGAUGGCAAGAUGUGGUCCUUCCAUCGGUCGAUGACCCGCCCUUUCUUCUCACGUGAUCGUGUCCAGGACAUGGACAUAUUCGAGCGACACACUGAGCGUACGAUCGGGUUGAUAAAAACUCGCAUGGCUGAAGGGCAUGCCAUUGACUUCCAGGAUCUCAUCAGCCGUUUGACGAUGGAUGCUGCCACGGAGUUCCUCUUUGGCUCCUGCGUUGAUAGCUUAUCGUGCUCGCUCGCGUAUCCGCACAACGUAUUCAGCCCAUCGACUCAACCGACCCAAUCAGCCGAUGACUUUACAGCCGCGUACAACCAAGCUAUGCUCCAAAUCGCUUUCCGGCAGAGGGUCGGUUGGGUGUGGCCGCUGUUUGAGAUUUUGGGCGACAAAACCGUGAAGCCGAUGAAAGUCGUCGACAGAUUCAUCGACCCUCUCAUCGAGGCUGCCUUGGCGAAGAAAGCCCGAGGAGGGCAUCUCUCUGCAUCACUUCUAGACGAGCUUAUCAGGUCCACAACCGAUCCAAAGCUGCUCAAGGAUGAAAUACUCAAUGUUUUGAUCGCCGGUCGAGAUACGACCAUGAGCGUCUUGAGCAACGUCAUCUAUCUUCUCAGCACAUCUCCUGAUGUGAUCGCCCGCCUUCGGGAGGAGAUCGCGACGUUCGUGGGGCCUUCUGGCCGUCCCUCAUUCGACAAUAUCAGACAAAUGAAAUAUCUGCGCGCUGUGAUCAACGAGACGAUGCGGCUGUUCCCGCCAGUUCCCUUCAAUAUCCGACAGGCUGUGAACGACAGUGUCUGGCCUUCGCCAGAUCCAACACAGAAACCGUUACAUAUCGCGGCUGGGACCAAGAUCGUGUAUUCUGUCAUGGUCAUGCAGCGGCGGCCAGAGCUUUGGGGGCCGACCGCACAUCUCUUCGAUCCAGACAGAUUUCUGGAUGAGCGGGCGAAGCAGUACAUCUCCCAUCCGUUCCGGUUUUUGCCAUUCAACGCUGGUCCCAGGAUCUGUCUCGGGCAGCAGUUUGCGUAUAACGAGAUGUCUUUUGUGUUGAUCCGCCUGCUCCAAACUUUCAGCUCGAUAGCCCUCGAUGCCGAUGCGUUCCCACCUUCUGCUCGAGUGCCCAGCGAUUGGUCGGGCCAGCCGGGUCGCAAGGGCAUCGAGCAAGUCGUUCCCAGAGCGCACCUGACGAUGUAUACCUCAGGUGGAUUAUGGGUACGGAUGAGCCAAGAGCCCUGUACAAGCUCAUAGUAAUAACAU